CAUCUCUCUCUCUCCCUUGUCCCCCUCCGGUGAAGGUGCAUCUUCUCGGUCGUCCCGAACCCGGGUUCAUCCGACACCAACACCGAGUAGCAGAACCGAGCUCCGGCUCCACAGCAGCGACAUCAUGCCUCCCAAGUUCGACCCCAACGAGAUUAAGAUCGGUACGUUGCUCUGUGCGGAGACAACAUGGAGCCGGUCUCUGAGCGACGCAGAGACACGUGUUCAUGAGAUGCACAGGAGGAGAAGUUGGUGCCACCUCAGCUCUCGCCCCUAAGAUCGGACCUCUGGGUCUGUCUCCCAAGAAGGUUGGUGAUGACAUCGCCAAGGCCACCGGUGACUGGAAGGGCCUGAGGAUCACGGUGAAGCUGACGAUCCAGAACAGAAACGCAGCCAUCGAGGUGGUUCCCUCUGCGUCCGCUCUGAUCAUCAAGGCUCUGAAGGAGCCGCCUCGUGACAGGAAGAAGGUCAAGAACAUCAAGCACAGCGGCAGCGUGACCUUCGAUGAGAUCGUGGGCAUCGCUCGCCUCAUGAGGCAUCGCUCCAUCGCCAGGGAGCUCUCCGGAACCAUCAAGGAGAUCCUGGGCACCUCUCAGUCUGUCGGGUGCACCAUCGAUGGUCGUCCUCCACAUGAUGUCAUCGAUGACAUCAACAGCGGCAAAGUGGAGUGCCCCACUGAGUAAACUGAAGCAAAUAAAGUUGAUAAAAACUGA